AGGAACGGAACGACGGUUGAUUGCCGCUGCCCCUCAUCGCCACGACUCCACGACUCCACGCCUCUCAAGCGAACCCCGCCGACGAUAUCCGCCACUUACUCCCUCCUCGACCGCGCCCAUCUACGACGACUCGACUCACAAUCCCUCGCAGCCCCAUUGCACUCAUGCAGCUGCCGUACCGUCCGUUGCCCGCCAUGGACAAGAUCACGGACCGCAUCGCCGCGCUGCCGGCCGACGGCACCUACUUCUCGCUCGAGUUCUUCCCGCCAAAGACGGCCAUGGGCUUCUCCAACCUCCGCGACCGAUUGCACCGCAUGGAACGCGCCCUGCGCCCGCUCUUCGUCAAUGUCACCUGGGGCGCCGGCGGAACCACGUCUCAGAAGUCGCUCGAGCUGGCCGAGCUGUGCCAGCGCGAGCUCGGCCUCACCACCUGCCUCCAUCUCACAUGCACCAACAUGAGCCGGAAGCUAGUCGAUAAGGCCCUCGAGGACGCCAAGGCCCUGGGCAUCCGCAACAUCUUGGCCCUGCGCGGCGAUCCCCCCCGGCGGGACGAGUACCGCGAUCCCGAAGACUCGGAAGACGACGGCGGUCAGGACUUCAACUGGGCCGUCGACCUCGUCAAGUAUAUUCGCAAGACCCACGGCGACUACUUCUGCAUUGGCGUGGCAGCAUACCCCGAGGGCCACGCCGAGGAGAGCCAUCCGCUUGGACAGAGCCUGGAGCACGAUCUUCCCUACCUUGUCGACAAGGUCCAGGCCGGCGCCGACUUCGUCAUGACUCAGCUCUUCUUCGAUAUCAAGGCCUACGACAACUUUGAGGAGACACUGCGAUCACACCCCAGCGGUGUCUUCAAGACCCUGCCCAUCAUCCCCGGCCUCAUGCCCAUUCAGAGCUACCAGAUGGUCAAGCGAACGACUAAGCUUAGCCACGCCAAAGUCCCCGAAGAGGUUCUCUCCCGCCUCCUUGCCGUCAAGGGCGAUGAUGAGCGCGUCAAGAUGGUCGGCGUGGACAUCGUCAGCGAGCUGGUGGAACAGGUCAAGGAGGUCAAGUCCCGGUAUCCGGGACCCAAGGGCUUCCACUUCUACACCCUGAACCUGGAGAAGUCAGUGUCGUUUAUUCUGGAGCGAACGAACCUGAUCCCCGACCCUCCUCAAGACGAAGAGGCCAUUGUCGUCGACGAUUCCAUCCCCGUCCCUGCUCUCCAAGUCAAUGGCAGCGCCAACCUGCCUCUCAGCAGCCACUCCCGCUCUCGCGCAUCCCGACGACACUCCUCCGUCGGCUCCGACCCGCACAACCGCGUCAUCGUCGGCGACCGAUCCGCGACUCACCCCGAGUGGGAGGCCACAGCUCAGGAGGCCGGCGUACGCGCCGAAGCCAUCAACACUCGCGCAAACACCCUGGCCAUCUCCGAGGGCGAGGGAGUUCUUGGCCGCGAGGCCACCUGGGAUGACUUCCCCAACGGUCGUUUCGGUGAUGCGCGAUCUCCGGCGUACGGUGAGAUUGACGGCUACGGCGUGAGCCUCCAUAUGUCCAUCACGCAGGCUGUCAGGCUCUGGGGCCACCCCAAGACGCGCCAGGACAUCAACGACCUGUUCGUCAAGCACAUCAAGGGCGAGCUGUCGGCCAUUCCCUGGAGCGAGGAGGAGCUCCUCGCCGAGUCGUCUACCAUCCAGCCGCACCUCCUGCAGCUCAACACCAAGGGCUGGUGGACUGUGGCCUCUCAGCCCGCGGUCAACGGCCUGCGCUCCAACGACUCGACCUUCGGCUGGGGUCCUGAGCAUGGCUUCGUCUUCCAAAAGUCCUUUGUCGAGUUCUUCAUUCCCACCUCCGAAUGGACAGUCCUGGAGGCGAAGCUCACCUCCCCCGAACUGCGGAACUCGGUCUGCUUCUACGCCGGCAACGCGCACGGCGACUUCGUCACGUCCGACUCGAGCGGCGGCCUCGGCAGCACCGACGUGAGUGGCGGCGCCAGCACCAACGCCGUCACCUGGGGCGUCUUCCCUGGCAAGGAGAUCAUCACGCCCACCAUCAUCGAGGAGGUCAGCUUCCGCGCCUGGAGCGAGGAGGCCUUUGGCAUCUGGGGCGAGUGGGCCAAGGUCUACGGCCGCGCCUCGGACACGGAGAAGCUGCUCAGCGGCAUCAAGGACGAGUACUGGCUGGUGAACCUGAUCCACCACGACUUUGUAGAGAAGGAUGCGCUGUGGAAGGGAAAAGGUAGUCUGUUAUUUUUUGGAAACCAAAAUGAAAAUGAACUGAGUGCAACUUACAGCAACUCUGAGGUUGGACAGCACUGUCGUGGCGCUUUAUCAAGAUAGAUGACCAUAUUAUUGCACCCUCGUCACACCACCUUCAUGAUUGAUUGUUCAUACUCGUACACACACUGUCGUAUUUUCGGUGUGGAAUCUCUAGCUAUCUAGCUAAUCGUCACGGCAUGUCCAUCCAUCCCUCAUUUCCUCCCAGCCAACAAAACGAGGAGAGAUCAAAAACCUCUUAGGUCGAGACCUACCAAAGCACUCGCAGCCCUGCGAAACAUGUGGUGUAAGUUCCGUUCCGCUCCGUAGCGCGGCAUGGUGCUAAAAACCAAACCGAAACCAGACUUCCGUAUUAAAGAACCAUCUUCCUCAUAAUCUU